AUGAACAAUCCACCUCCAGCGAGAUAACAACUGGGCAAGAGUCUGGACAUUGUGUGUUUUUUGAUGGCUUGUGAAAUUGAGAGAUUCGUGGCUGAAAAUGAUAAAUUGAAAUACAGAAUCAAAGAAAUGGAUGAUAAAUUGCUUGAUAGAAAUAGUUAUGAAAAGUAGAUCGAAGAUUUAUAGGCAAGACUAAUGUAAUUGCAAUAUUAGGAGAGUGUGUUUAGAUAGGAAAUCGAAAUUACAACCACCCAAUAUUCAGAAGAGAUUGAAAAUUGGAAGAUAAAAUAUUACACAACUGAGGAGAACUACAAAAAUGCCAAUGAAUAAUUAAAGUAAACACUCAUAACAGGGAACCAGUAGCACUAAAGAGAGAUUGAUGAAUUGAGAUCUUAAUUGGCAUCCCAAAAAUAAAUUAAUGAGGGAGAAUUAUAUAAAUUGAGAGAACAAUUACAGAGCAAGCAACAAGCUAUUGAGUACUACUAAGUUGAAUUGAAUUAAUAAGAGUCAGAUUUACAAUUAUAUAAGCAAUAAGGCAAUAAAGUAGUUGAAUUAGAAAAUAAGAUUGGAAUGUUGGUUUGUGAAACUGAGAGAUUGAAUACAUUGUUGAAAUAGAAGUUGGAGGAGUUGGAAUUGUCAAAGCAAAGAUAUUCUACUCUCAUCCAGGAAUCAGAGAAAUAGAAAUCUGAAUUUAGGUCACUGUAAAGUUUUGUUGAUAAAAAGUAGAAAGAUUAUGAUCAAUUGAAUUAGGCUUAUGUCUUAUCCUCAAAUGAACUGAUAAAAUAUAAAGAUUAGGACUAGAUCAUCGAUUAAAUGCAAAAUAAAAUUAAUCUCCUCUAAGGGGAGGUUGAUAGACUUAAUUAAGUUUUGAGAGAAAAGAUAAAAUAAGGGGAGGAAUGGAGAUAAAAGUAUUUUGAUUCAGAAAAUCAAUGUAAAGAACUGAAAUAAAAAGUGGGUAAGAUGGAUCAAUUAUAAAUGCAAUUGAAGGAUCAAUUUGAUAUGUUUUAAUAAUUGACCAAUAACAUGGAAGAUCAGAAAAUCAAGAAUAACCAAUUGUAAUAAUAAAAGUAUAGUUUGGAGUAAACCAAUACUGAUUUAAUAAAUAAAAUCCAAGUAUUAACAAAUGAAAUUGAACGAUUAAACUCUAUUUUGAGGUAGAAGACUUAAGAAUUAGACGACUGGAAAUAAAAAGGAUCAUAUUUUGAAGAAGAAUUCAAGAAUAAAAACAAUCAAUACAAUGAUAGUCUUAAUAAAUUAAGUUGUGUGACUUAGGAGGUUGAUAGAAUAUAAGAAUAACUUAAGUAGAAAUAAAUUGAGAUACAUAGUGUAUAGAUUACCAGAAAUUAAUUGUAGAAAGAUUUAAUUAAUUCGGAUUCAAUUAAUUAAACAAUCAAAAAUUAGGUUGAAGAAUGGAAGAGAAGAUAUUAAGAUUUAGAAUCCGAAUAUUAACAGUCUACAGUAAAAAAUAAAAAAUUGGUGGAAUAUGAAAAUACUAUUGCAAUGUUAACUUAAGAGAUAGAGAGAUAAAAGAUGUUGUUAUAAAGUAAGCUUUAGGAAUUUGAAGAAUAAAAGAAAUAAAUGUUUGCAGAGAUUCAGAAAGGGAAAUAGAAUUUGGCAUUGAAAACAAAUGAAGUAGAAGAGUGGUCAAGUAAACAUAGAAAAUUAGAUUAAACUUAUUUUGAAUUAAGUUAAUCAUAUAAAUAGAUGGAAGAGAAAUGGAAAUAAUCAUUAGUUAGAAUAAUUUUACAUUGUUCAGAAAUAGACAGAUUGACUUAAAUUUAAUGUGAAUUAUGUGAUGAAAAUGAAUAGUUAAAUAAAUAAAUCACACAUUAUUCCAAUUAAAUCAAAUCAAAAGAUGAUCAAUUAUAUAAAUAAUUGGAUAAAUACAAUUAAUUAUAAAAGUAGCAAGACGAGGAGAAGAGCAAAAGAUUAGGAUUAGAAACUCAACUUGCUGGUUUAAAGAUGUAUUAAGAAAGUUGUGUCAUCUUGGAAUAGAAAAUAUCAAGUUUGAAUACAGAAAAUUUAAGAUUGAACGAAUAACUCAGAUUCAGAAAUGGAGAAGUAGAAGAUUAUAGAACUUAGAUUUAAAGAUAUGAAACCAAGAUUCAAUUAAAUAGUUAAGAGUUAGAGAGAAUAAACUAGUAAUUAAGGAAGACAUUUGCAGAAUAGGAUGAGAUGAGAAAGGAGAAGGAAAAGUGGGAAGCAUAAUAUCAUUUAUUAUAGAGACAAUAUGAUGAAGUGAAGUAGAAAUUGAAUCAAUUGGAAAUUUAUAAGACUAAAUAUGCUGAAUCUGAGAACAGAUGUUCCAUGUUAACUACUGAAAUUGAACGAUUGAAUCAAGUGAUUACUAAUAAAUAAGACGAAAUAGAUUAGUUAAAAAAGAAAUGCUUUUAGUUAGAAUAAUAAAUCAUCUAGUUAAAACUAUAUGAAGAGAAUAUACGAGUACUGUCCUAAGAGAUUGAUCGACUUUAAGGAAUUAUCGAUACUAAUGAGAAUGAAUUAAGACAAUGGAGAUUACAGUAUGCUGAUGGAGGUGCUUAGAACAGGAAAAUUUAAGAUUUGCUCUACCAUUUUGUAAUGCAAUCAGUUGAGAUAGAGAGUUUGAGAGCUAGAGUUUAGGAGAAGGAGAAGGAAGUGGAGGAAGUUAGAAAGAGCAGUUUGGCACCAUAUAGAAGAUGA